GGUCCCGAACCAAACCAUAUUUUACAAAACAUUAUCAGUGUUUUAAAUUUCAAUUAUGUCUGAAUUAGUUCAUCAAUCUAGAGGACCGGAAGGAAUUGAGGUUUCUGGAGAAGUACAAAAACCAAGGAGAGUUUGUAAUCUGAAUCCAGAAUUGAAUCGAACAUGUCUUGGACCAUAAAGGGCGUUAACAGGACUCACACGGAUUUUCCAAUUGAUCAAAAUAAAGAGUGGAAAGAACCAUUCAUAUUCGUCCAAGGUGCAGACACUCAACUGGGAAUGUUCCAGGACUAUGAGGAAAUCACAACAGAACCAAAAUGGGCGCAGGAGAUUGCCCUUGCUGAACUGGCAGUGCAGAAAGUAAACCAGAUGAAACCCAGACCUAAAUUCUAUGUCAUAUGUGGAGAUCUGUGUCACGCAUUUUAUGACAAAUCUCCAGAAGAACGGGCAGCUCAAGAUGCUGACUUCAAGAGAAUUUUUAGCAAAGUGGAUCCAAGCAUUGCUGUAGUGUGUGUUUGUGGGAACCAUGACGUUGGAGACAAGCCAACUGUGGAGAUUAUUGACAAAUACAAGUCAAACUAUGGUGAUGACUACUUUUCCUUUUAUGCUGGAGGUGUAUUUUUCAUCUGCAUAAACUCCCAACUGUACCACAGCACCUCAGCCCCUGAAGAGAACGAAGCUCACGAUCAGUGGUUGAACACUCAGUUGGACAUCGCUCGAGGGUUGGAAGUGCCAAGCAUCAUGUUCCAGCAUGUCCCAUGGUUUCAUACAGAUCCAGAGAGAACAGUGGAGGACUAUUUUGAAAUUGAUUACACCAUUCGGAAAAAGAUGCUGGAUAAAUUAGUUGAUGCAGGUGUGAAGUAUGUGUUCUGUGGCCAUCUACACAAGAAUGGUGGUGGGAAGUACAAGCAGCUGGAGUGUGUGGUGACUUCUGCGAUUGGCAAGCAGUUGGGGACUGACCUGUCCGGGAUGAGAGUAGUGAAAGUGUACAAGGAUCGGGUUGAACACCAGUAUUACCCUCUGUCCGAGAUACCGGCAGAGAUUACCCUGUAGCAAAGCCUCAGUUAGUAGUAAGAAAAUAUUUGUACUAUAUAUACGAUACACCAUUUAAAAUAUAUAAGUAACAGAUGGCACAAUUAUAUAGUCACGUUUGUAAGUGUGAUUGUGUCACAAGCUCUUAUCAUCUUGUGUGGUUUUCCAUUUGUCCAGCUCUUAACCACACUGAGGCAGUAUAAGAAAUAGGAAAUGUCACUUAAGAAUCUAUCAAGCGAUAAUUAACCACUGGUGAAGGUGGUGGUUGCAUAGAAGUAAUUAUAAUUGUGCUCAUGUAAGUUAAUUUUUUAACUUAUAGGUUUCAUAUUUGGUACUACACUGUUACAUUGCAAAAUUUACUUUAUACUAAAACAAUUAAGUUAAACUUAUUUAUGGGGAACAAAGAUAAAGCAUUUUCCAAUUUCAGUUAUGUUCUUAGUAUUCUUCAGAAAAUUGUAAUACUUGUAUGUAAAACUUUUCACACUAUAACAAAAUAUAUCAGAAUUGUUGUGGAGAUUUGCCAUCAUUACAAAGUUUUGAAACUUUUUUUCUAAAUAAUGUUGGAAAAGUAUCUAAUAAUACUGUUAUUAUUUCAAAUACUCAAUCAUUAUAAUAAUAGAAUAGUAAUAGAAUAAUAUUGUUGGAUAAUGUUAUGUAAAACUUGUAUUACUGUAAUAUAUUCAUAUUGUUAUUGUUAUUUUUAUUUUCUUAAUAGGCCUAUUGACUUUUUAGUUUUAUUAUUAAAUAUUAUUAUACUCAUUUGUACUGUACCUUAAAGGCUGCAUGUUUAACAAUGUUAUAUUAUUACUAAUAUUGUAUUCCUUUAUUGAUCAUAAAUUCAAUAAAAAGAUCUACACAA